CACCCGCUCCAAAUCCUCUCCCCCUCGUAUCAUUCAAACAACUACCAGCAUCAUGCGCUUCCCUCCUCCUUUGAUCAUCAUCGGCUACGAGGUCACCGCCGAGUCGCUUGUCAAAUACGCCCGACAAGCUGGACUCCCUCCCGCCGAACCCGUCGCGCUGGGCAACUCCCUGACCGAACGGCUGGGCACCAAGGUUGUCGUCGUCAGACUAUCCGACCAGGAAACGCGCAAACCCAGUUUCUUUCUGAUCCCCAAAGGCUUCGACAGGGAGGUCUACCCGGCGGUAGUCGACUUGCUUCAGCUGCGCAAGCAGUUCGAGGAGAACCUCGCGCGUGUGCCAGAGGCGUUCAGCUGCCAGAAGUUGUUUCGGUCUUGAAUGCCGAGUUGGGACACUUCAGUGUGGGUGGACUCGAGACUACAGAAGUACAGCUCUCGACGGACCGGGAGGACGACGAGGACUAUGACGAGGACUAUGAUGAGGACCAUUAGGUGACCGGAGUCUCAGAGUAAAGUGUCGCCUUGGAGUCCACAUUUUCCUCCAUCGAUGCUUCUCACAAUAGUUUCUCGUCUCAAGAAAGUUCUCAAUGUAACCUCGGAUCGCUUCGUCCCUGUGUCGCAUAGUGUACUCACUCACUGUACAAGUCAUGCAGCAAUCACAACGCCCUGACACGGAAUACAAAUUGAAUACCAUACGAUGCACUUUGUCCAAUGCAAAUGGAGGAAAUCAGUGAGCGAUAUAUUGAUAGAUACCCGGUCGAGUAUCAGCGUGUUCAGAGGCAAUAGGGCUGUAAUCGUUCCAAGAUGCCGUGCAGAAGCGGCCUCGCUUCAGCUUCCUGUCGACUCCUCCGGAUCCAUCUUGGUAGCGGAUUUACACCGAGUCAAGUAAACUUGAAUAGGACUACAAGACUGCGCCUAACCGGUGACUUAAA